UCGGAGAGGACGGGCGACGAACGGCUGCGAUGUUUUCAAAACCAGCGAUGAACGUCACACAGCCGUAGGCUACGGUUAACGUCCAAUAUUUAGGAAAUAACUGUUUAUAUUGCGCAAUAUUCACAUAUAGCUGAACCUGAAUGAGUCGGUGGGAUACGUGUGACCCAGUUUAAAGGUGCAUGAUGAACCUACUGUGCUGUAGCUGUCACAGCUAGUCAGGUGCCGCACCAUGGCCAAACCUGGGAGCGACAGAGAUGGAGCCAUGGUGGAUAAGCAGGCGGGGAAGAAGAGCAAAGACAAGUUGUCCCCUUUCACCAAAACUCCGAAGCUGGACCGGAGUGAGUUGCUGGGGAAGGAAGGGAAAGCCAAGUCUUCCAUGAAGCGCAAGCUCUCCUUCACUACCAGUCCGCUCCAGACCGAGGAGCGAGACUCAGACACCGAUGACUCAGACCCAGGCCAGUCGAGUGAGACCUGGGGAGAGAGAUUAGUGCCUCCCUGCAGGAUAUACGCAGAUAAAGAUGGACCAGACAAGAAGAAGGUGAAGAAGGAGGCUGGGGGCAAGAAGUCCCAGGCUCCCAACCUUUUGUUUGGGUAUCCUCUGUCAGAGCGCAAACAGAUGGCUCUCCUAAUGCAGAUGACUGCCAACAGUCCAGACUCUACUCCCAGUCACCCCUCACAAACGACCCCUGUGCAAAAGAAAGUCCCCAGCAGCGCCUCGUCUCGACAGAAGGACAAGGUCAACAAGAGGAAUGAGCGAGGGGAGACUCCCCUUCACAUGGCCGCCAUCCGGGGAGACGCCAAGCAAGUUAAAGAGCUCAUUAGCCUGGGAGCUGACGUCAACGUCAAAGACUUUGCAGGUUGGACUCCUCUUCAUGAAGCCUGUAAUCUUGGUUACUACGAUGUGGCCAAGGUCUUAAUAGCAGCAGGUGCAGAGGUGAACACGCAGGGUCUGGAUGACGACACGCCACUCCAUGAUGCUUCCAGCAGUGGGCAUAAAGAUAUCGUGAAACUGCUGCUACGCCACGGUGGAAACGCCUUCCAGGCCAACAAGCGUGGGGAGCGCCCAGUGGAUGUGGCAGACUCUCAGGAGCUGGAGCAGCUAUUAAAGGGAGAGGUUGCGCUGUCGGACCAAGAGGACAGCUCUUCAGAGUCUGAAGACCCUCCGUCUGUCAAUCCAUCCAGUGUUGAUGACAACAUGGAAGACUCUGAUACUGAAAAGGACUCAGAUGGCAAACCAGCCACGAAAGCAUCAUCGUCCAUGCCAGGGCUGGAUGAGUACGAGUUCAAGGACGAGGAAGAGGAGGAGGAUCUCAGUAAAGCCCUUAACGACAGACACAUCCUCCGGAGGGAACUGCGGCAGCGCGAGAAGGAGGAGAAAGAUAGGAAUCACGUGGCAGGAAAGCAAAGCGGAAAAGGGGAUUCCUCCUCUAAGUCAAAAAAGCAGAAGACGCCCCGUGUCCACUGCAGCUCGGAUACCUCCAGCGACGAGAUGGAGAGCCUGUCAGAGAAAAGGAAUUCCCCCACCUGCUCUCAGAGCUCAGAGACUCUCAAAGUGGACACAAGGUCGAAAAAGGAGAAUGCUGAGCAGAAGGAUAAGGGUAAAGUCAAGAGGAAGAGCAAAAGCCAGAAUAAAAACAAGGAAAACCAAGAGGAUGGGAAAGAGAACAGCAAAACUUUGGUCCUCUCUCUGGCAACCGUGUCCGAGAGCACAGAAAAGGGUCGGGAGGAAGACUCCUUCAAGAUGUCUUUCAGUCCUAAAGACGACUCAUCCGUCCACCUCUUCCAUUUGUCGUCCAUAAAAUCCCCAAAACUGAACCACAGCCUGACAGAUAAACAAACACCACUCAAACAGGAAAAUACUAAGAUGUGCAUUUCCAUCAGUGACAGCUCAUGUCCGGUGGACGGUGUCAAAUUCAACCACUACACAGAGGCAGACUACUGCACAGAAGGCUCCAGCACCAAGGGGUGUAAGCACAAGGAAAAGAGCAAACAUCAACAGAAAGACUCCAGUGGAGACGGGGAUGAUGGUCAUUCGAGUCCUUACAAAGAUGGCAGCAUAGGAAACAGUGUAGACAGCUCUGAGGGUGCCUUACGGAAGACUGACUUAGAUGGCAAAGUGGUGAAGAAGCAUAAACUUAAACACAAGGAGAAAGACAAACACAGGAGGGAAUACGAGGCAGAGCGGAGCCGGCACAGGCAGAAGGAGGCUAGGAAAGACAGCCACAGGAAUUUGGAGUUUGACAGAGAGUUCUGGAAAGAGAAUUUUUUCAAAAGUGAUGAGACAGAUGAACAUCUGCCAGUGAAAAAGGAAGGAGAAGACAACAGCUCACUUCAGAAGACCUCCGAUUCCUCCCCUGUCAAAGAUGAGAGAAACACGAAGGAGAAACACUCCAGCAGCAAGGAAAAGAGGCCAAGAGAGGAGCGAGAAAAAGACAAGGCUGUGAAAAAAGAGCGGAAGGAGGCUGUUGGUAAAGAGGAGAAGGUAAAGGAUUCAAAGCUGAGUGAGCGUGACGAGAGAGUGGACUGCCACGGCUCAGGGCGGAUUCCUGAGGAGUCGCUGCAGAGCAACAGCAUGAAAGAAGAGACAGAAGAGAAACCCAUAAGUGGGAUCACAGCUGAUCAAGAACAGCUGGAGCUCUCAGAAAAAGGCUCACGCGAGAAAACUGACAAGAGGCUCCCAGGAAAGGAAAAGGAUUCAGAGAAAAUGGAGAAAAGGCAUCUUGACAAGGAAAAAAAGGUUAAAACGGAGCACGCUGACAAAGCUGAAACACAGAAUUCAGUGGAUCGUUGGAAGGAAAAAGAAAGAACAGGAACCAUUUCUACCCACUCGCCUGGAGAUAAAAACUACAAAGAGAAUGAGAAACUGAAAUCUUUAUCCACAACUAAAAAGCAUGAGGACGGCAGGAAAAAUAAAGAUAAGUUCGACAAGCGGUCUGAUAGGGAGAGGCAGGACAGAGAAUAUAGCGUUGGGGAUCACAGAGAAAAGGAACGCACCAACUCAGAUAAGAAAGGAAAACCUCUGGAGAAGACCACAGAUCAUAGUAAAUCUGAUCGCUCAAAAGAAAAGGAGUGUGACAGGAAAAGGAGAGAGAAAAUAAAAGACGGGACUCUUUCCUCAAGCUCCAAUCUGAAGCUACUAUUAGAAGAGAAGAAGAGCUAUCUGUCCGAGAGCAGCAAGUCCUUAUCUACGAAAUCAAAGGAGGAAGUUGUGAGAACACCAGAGAAAGAUCGUGACCGGAGAGACCGGGAAAGAGAAUCAGAUAAACACAAGGAUAAGGAGCGGCACAAAGACCGCUCGCAGCAGGCCAAAAUCAGCAAGGCCAAACCCAACGAGAUGGAUGCAGACAAGGCCAAAUCCAAAGCCUCGCCAGCAACACGAGACACCAAGCCUAAAGAAAAAAGGCUUGUGAAUGAUGACUUGAUGCAGACCAGCUUUGAGCGCAUGCUCAGUUUGAAGGACCAGGAGAUUGAGCAGUGGCAUCGCAAACACCUGGAGAAAAUAAAACAAAAAGAGCGGGAGAGGCUUAAACAGCGGCCUCUGGCAGAUCCAGGGAAGUCCAAGCCUAAAGACAGAACGAAGUCUGAACAGUGCCUGAGUAAGGAGCUCAUGCGCUCAAAAAGCUCUGAAGCCUCUGAUGUCCACAGCAGAGAUAAAUCCCUGAAGGACGGCACCAGCCCCCGAACAAUGUCGCUUGAUGGAAAGAGUUUGCCGUCUAUCAGCGCAAAGGUCAUGUCGGCUGUGGAAAACUGUCUGACUGGAUCCCCGCGACCAGAGAGCGAACGCUGCGGCCUCAUGUCCAGGUCCGUGUCCCUGGUGUCCGUCGCCAGCUCAGAGGAUUCGUGUCAGGCGACAACAUUAACACCCAGACACAUUGAGUACGACUCCGACAUGAACCUGGAAGCCUCGGAUUCUCAACCUGCAUUCCUCCAGUCUUCCCUUGUCAUUCAAGCCACCAGAUCGCCGUCUGUUCAUGACAAAGAUUGCAACAGUCUUCCAGAUGUGAAGCAAAGUAAUCGGACGCUGCUGCCCAGCAGACAUGAGUCUCCAUACCUCAGGGCUAUUUUGGACGAGGAUGCCAACUCAUCGACUGAAGGUAGAGUUGGUGAAAAUCUGCCAAAACCCAGCCAGCCUGCAGAGGAGCCAGGAACCAGAGAGACCUCAGCAGAGACAGACGAGAGCCUCAACAGUCAGCAACAAUGUGUGAAUUCAGUUGCUGACUCAGUCACAGAGAGAGAGGGGAGUGCUCCUGGUGGUUUAGCACCUCAAAUAUCAAACAAAGAUCCUCAGACUAAAAACCUGACACUUCCAGAGUGCGGUGGCUCUCAAACAGGGUCAACAGAGAAAGAGAAAACUCUUCCCUCCUCUGAUCCGCCUGUUGUAAAGGAUGUCCAGUGUCCGACAGAGAACUUACAGGCAGAGUGUGGUAACAAGGAUUCAGAUCAACCAUCGACACCUGCAGCUUGUCCGUGUGCUGAGCCAUCAGAGCUCACAAGUACAAGUACAAAACCCCUCCAGCAGAGGGAACUGCUCAAUGUUUCUGGGAUGGAGAGCACGCAGCAGCAGACAGAAUCAGGUACCACACAUGUUUCUGACCUUAAAGACGAACCGCUCGAGAGUGCUGAGGGAGCAGAAGAAGAGAGUAUGGAAACAGAGAGCACAAGAACAGAAGGUAGAGGAAGUCCUGAACCCUCUACCAGUUCGCACAUUCCCAGCUCCACUGCAGGGGAGUCCUUACCAGGCUUUAGCCAAACAAGCACUGAGUCCAAAUGUUCUCAAGAGAAUAUGGAUGUAAAUGACCAAGACUGCACGGACUCAAGAACUCCCAGUGACAGCGCAGGUUCAUAUCUUGAUGCUCAGAUGGAGAAAAAGGACAGUAUACCUCCAUCAUCGUCCUUAAGUGCUAGUCCUGAACACAAGGCUGAAGAGAUGACUGACGUCCCACAGAGUUCAGAGAACAACAGCAGUGCUGCUGUUUCUGUCACAACAGAGAGUUCGACAGUUGAGAGCAACCUUGCUACAGAAGGCUCCUCUGAAUCUACGGUAGACGCUAGCUCAGAGCCGAUGGAGGUGACGCCUGCUGAUGAGAAGCCAGAGUCAUCUUCAGCUGGAGAAGAGCAAAGUCAAAGCACCGGCCAAUCGGCAGUUCAGACUGACAGCAGCAGCAGCAGCAGCAGCAGCAGUAGUAGCAGCAGCACCUGCAGCGCCUCAGGGAGCUCCUCUCCACAAUCUGCAGACCGGGAUUCUGAUUCCUCUGGGGCUAAGGUCAAAGUUCGCUCCACAGACGAGGAAGUAGACAUCCACGUUCCCCAUCCUCGUAAGAGAAAGAUGCCAAAAGUGUCGAGCUCCCAGCCGUGCUCCACGAUUCAGCAGGAUAAGGAGAGAGGCCAGCAGUCUCUGGCUGCUAUUGUGGAUGCCGUAAAGCUGGAGGAGAUUCAGCCCUACCAGACAGAGAGGGCAAACCCUUACUACGAGUUCCUGCACAUCCGGAAGAAGAUUGAGGAGAAGCGCAAAGUGUUGUGCAGCGUAACCCCCCAGCCACCGCAGUAUUAUGAUGAAUAUGUGACCUUCAACGGAUCCUACCUCUUAGAUGGGAACCCACUCAGCAAGCUCUGCAUACCAACAAUAACUCCACCUCCAUCGUUACCUGAGCAGCUGAAAGAGAUGUUCAAACAACAAGAGGUGGUCCGUAUGAAACUACGACUACAACACAGCAUUGAAAGGGAAAAGCUGAUUGUUUCAAAUGAACAGGAAGUCUUACGAGUUCAUUACCGGGCAGCAAGAACACUAGCCAAUCAGACUCUGCCUUUCAGCGCCUGUACGGUUUUAUUGGACGCUGAAGUGUACAACAUGCCUCAAGACGUCCAGAGCGAUGAUGGCAAAACGUCAGUGAGAGACCGAUUCAACGCCAGGCAGUUCAUGUCCUGGUUACAAGAUGUUGAUGACAAGUUUGACAAACUGAAGACGUGUCUUCUGAUGAGGCAGCAGCACGAGGCGGCGGCCCUGAACGCCGUGCAGCGUCUGGAGUGGCAGCUGAAACUGCAGGAGCUGGACCCAGCUACCUACAAGUCCACCAGCAUCUUCGAGAUCCCCGAGUUCUACAUCCCGCUCGUGGAGGUCAACGACGACUUUGACCUCACCCCGAUAUGAGCUGUAGGACAGACGUUCUUUGCCACAGCGGCGGCCCGCGCAUUCGAGGAGAAGGAAAGAAAAAUGUGAAGCACUUAGAAUGUGGCGGUAAAAACAGAAGAGCACUUAGAAAAGACACGAUUUUACUCCAGCGCUCUUACAGUCCAAACCGGCACGCCCACCACGAGGACGGGGAAUGAGGACCGACUGUUCCUCGUACGGAGAAAGGGGGGUCCAGGCCACAGACGAAGCCCGGGGAGCAGAGACCAAAAGCUGGGGCGCAGCGGUGCAGGGAGCUGCAGCACGAAGCAAAGUGUGGAGGACGACCACCUGCUACUGCUCCUCAUCAAGCAGGGUCACACAACUGAAAGAGUUCAAUUGUUUUCAAAGUGAGUGUUCAUACAUUGUGUACAGACUGUGCUCUUAAUUUUUUAACUUAUUUUAUACAUAAAAAAAUUGUGCAUUUGUAAAUAGCCAUGUAAUUAUUGUUUUAAACUUGUAAAAACAAAAAAUAAUAGAUAUUUUGAUUGUAAACUCGUUCUGUCUCAUGUUUUAAUGGACCAAAGUUGGUUUUUAUAUCGAGUGUCCUCUUCGUCCGUGAUGUUCUCGUUGUUGUUGGCUUAAAAUCUUAAGCAUGUGUUGGCUUCUGUUGUGUUUUUUGUUUUUACUGUUUCUUCCCUCCUCAUCUGGAGUUCCACGCCACAGCUGGUGUUUUUUGACUUUGGCAAUUAAAUGCUGUGCAUGCGUUGCGUUGUUUGUACUUUUUUCCUAAAAAGCUGUACUGUGGACUUAAUUGUGAGGUUUACUGAAGUGUUCCAGCUUUUCUUUUGUUUUUGUUUUUUUUUCUUUUCUUUUUGUUUCUUUUUGCGCCAUUGUGUUACGUCCCUUCUCGCGGCCUCACUCCUCAUGUGUUGUCCAUCGUGUCUCGCGCACAUUAAAGUCUGUUGUGGCUUCCAAGGGAAAAAAAAAUAAACACAUACUUUUACAGUUUCAAUGUGAGAUCACAACAAAACCUAUUUUUUCAACAUAAUGCCUUUUUGAACGAUAGUUCUAAAAAAAUGUCUAUUUUAAUAUUUACUUGUUACAUGACUUGUACAUAUUUGUAAUAUA